AUGUCUAACCUGAGGAGGGUGUUGGAGAGGCAAGGGAGAGAAGAGGAAAAAAUCAGGCGCAGACGUGCCGAAGAAGAUCAUGAGGCCAAUGAAGAGGAGGAAGAAAUGGUUGUAGCGGUGUGUAUGCUCAAUGAAUCAAGGCAACACCACCAUCGUCGUGCCACGAAUGUGGACAGAUAUAGGCACUCUCGGGGUAAGAAUCUCUUGGAAGAUUACUUUAUUCCAAAUUCGUUAUAUCAUGUUUCUCAUUUUCGAGAGAGAUAUAGAAUGCAGCCUCAUUUGUUCCAAAAAAUCAUGCAUGAUAUUUGCAAUUAUGACACAUUCUUCGUUCAAAAGUAUGAUGCUGUUAGGGUUUUGGGUCUUUUUCCGAAGCAAAAACUUACAACUGCUUUGCGGAUGCUUGUGUAUGGGGCAUCUGCAGAGCAAGUGGAUGAGAUUGCUAGGAUGGGGAAAUCAACUAUCCUAGAGUGCUUGGUCAGAUUCUCUAAUGUAAUAGAAAAGCUCUACACGAGGAAGUACCUCCGCAAACCUACGGCUAGAGACCUCCCAAGGCUUGUACAAAAAGCCUAG